CUCUUAAGGGAGGCAUCCGAACCGGACAAACAAACAACAUCACAGUGACAACUUCCAACAGUGAUCCACCACAAGUUAAGUCGCAACAAGUCCAGAGAUACCUUAAGAGUGAUGCCCUCCGGUGUGUCAGUGAACUCUCUAACUCCAUACAUGUCAAAACAACAUAUGAAUACAACAAUCGUAAUGUAUUGAAUUAGAGUCUUGUAUAUAAUACAACAACCACUCUAAAGAAUAUCAAUACAAAACAUAUCAAAACAAAUUUAUCAUAUCUCUUUUAAUUGUGUAACUCUAUGUCUACUUAUAAUCGUACUAGUAAAAAUAUUUAACUCGUAGACUUUUUAAUGUAAUAAAACUACUUAAUAAUUACGAAUCUUCAAACUUCAUCUUCAAAUAUCUCCUGAAAUGCCAUCAGGUUGUCCGGGAUUGGUCGGUUCGCAUCUGUUACCGUAGCGGUGCGGGCCAAUGAGGCGGGCGGCUACGCGCAGCCGUAGCGCCGUAGCCCGAAGGCGCGCGGGGCGCUACGCCAUCGACAGACGCUACGAAGGAGCUGCUACGUCUGGAAUCUGAAAAAUGUGUUAGCGAGCCGGCAGAGCCAAUUGAUGAGGGAGACUGCAACACCAUGCAGGGGCUCCAAGCCGCUAAAGACAAGGCCUCCGGCCUGUUCGCCAACAAACCCCUUGUUUUCAAGAACUCACAAUAUGAAACCUUCCAUGUGGGGCAGAAGGGUUAUCAAAUGUACGAUGGCGAGGACUUGGAGACGCCACCGUCUCCUGACAGGCCACCACCACGACCCAUAGACAAGUAUAUCCGCGCCGAGUGCCCAUGCCUGUCGGCGCGGUACACGGUGGCGCUGCUGGCCUGCUUCGGCUUCAGCAUCAUGUUCGGCAUGCGCUGCAACAUGAGCAUGGCCAAGCUCAAGAUGUCGGAGAUCAACAAUACGCCAUUCAACUGGACGGUGGAGGUGGAGUCCUCGAUCGACUCAUCGUACUUUUUCGGCUACCUGAUCACCCAAGUGCCAGGAGGCUUCCUGGCCUCGAUGUACCCGGCUAACAGGAUCUUCGGAGCGGCCAUUGCCAUAUCAGCUUUGUUGAAUAUGGCGAUACCCGGAGCCAUGUCUGUGGGACCUGCUGCUGUUGUGAUUCUCAAAGUAGCUCAAGGGUUUGUUGAAGGUGUAACGUACCCCUCCUGCCACGGCAUCUGGCGGAAUUGGGCGCCGCCUCUGGAGCGCUCGCGGUUGGCCACGCUGGCCUUCUGUGGCACCUACGCCGGGAUCGUGGUGGGCAUGCCGCUGUCAGGGCUGCUUACCGACUACAUCUCGUGGGAGGCGCCGUUCUAUUUCUAUGGCGUUUUCGGGGUCAUUUGGUACACGAUGUGGCUCUGGCUGGUAUUCGAGAAGCCGAGCAAGCACCCACACAUCGCUGGCAAGGAGCUGACCUACAUUGAGGAGUCGUUGGGAACGGCUUCCCAGGCCGCCAUGCCUGGCUUUUGGGCUACACCUUGGAAGGAAUUCGCGACCUCACCUCCGGUUUACGCUAUCAUCGUGGCCAACUUCUGCAGAACAUGGAACUUCUGUUUGUUAGUCAUAUUCCAGUCUGCAUAUUUCAGCAGCAGGUUUAAAAUGGAGAUUACUGAGUCUGGCUUCGUUGGCGCUAUACCUCACCUGAUCAUGACGUCACUCGUGCCUAUCGGUGGUAUGCUAGCCGAUUACCUGCGGAAGAACAACAUCAUGACCACCACCAACGUGAGGAAACUGUUCAACUGUGGCGGCUUCGGCAUGGAAGCAUUCUUCUUCGUUCUCGUGGCCUACGCCAAUAAUAAGUACGUAGCCACAAUAGAGCUGACUCUGGGUGUGGCGUUCAGUGGCUUCGCGAUAUCAGGGUACAACGUGAACCACCUGGACAUCGCUCCUCGGUACGCGUCCAUCCUCAUGGGGCUGUCGAAUGGCAUCGGCACCAUCGCCGGGUUCCUGGUACCCAUCGUGAUUGACUACAUAACUCAAGACAGGAAAAUCUACGCGAAAGCUAUAACGGAGUGGCGCGACGUAUUCCUCAUGGGCGCCACGGUACAUUUCAUCGGCAUCACAAUAUACGGCAUAUUCGCUUCGGGCGAGCUGCAGCCGUGGGCGGAACCCACCCAGCCGUACGAGACGCCUGUCAAGUCGCUGGACCAUGAGACGACCUUUUCGGAGCAGCCAUCAGCCCCACUCAAGGGCACUGAGAACGCAGGGUACGGCGCCAUCCCUCCGCCGCGCCCCCCCGCGCCCGAGAAGCACGUGCCCAACAACCCCUUCGUGUCCGGCGCCAUCUACCAGGCCGAGCCUGUGCAGCCGCCCGCGCUGCAAUACCAGGACCCCACCGAUGGCACUUACUAGACCUUUAAGGUAUUUCUUAAGUAAUCCUGGUCCGGUAUGGAUUUCCUUAUAUUUUUAUAGAUAGGUAGAAAAAAAUACAUUUAUUACUGUUUUGAUUCAAUAGCUUGUACGAAAUAUCAUGUUGUUUCUAGCAUCCGUCGCCUGCGACAUAGUGUACCUGUAUCUACAUAUGACUAUGUGUACCUGUUUCCAAAUUAUUUUAAUAUCAGCUAUUGAAUUUCGUUAUUAUUGCUCAAAGAUGAUAGUCAUUUACUAUUAGACUUGUUAUUUAAAUUGAAUCUCAUAUUUUUAAAUAUUUAUUUACGCAUAAUCUUUGUACAGUUGUAAAUAAGUUAUAUUUGCAUAUCAAAUAUCAACGCUUUAAGUGUCAGUCAGUUACUACGUUGUAUAGCGUCUAUUUCUUGGAUAUAAUCUCAGAGUUCAGUACAAAAAAGUGCAUACCACGACUGUCUAUCAGAAUAUAUUAUAGUUAUAAAUAUUAUUUUCCGAUGUUCACAAAGAAGCAAAUCAACUAUUUAAAGGUUUCAAAACGCGUGCUAAACAAUGAAUAGUUAGUUGAGUAUGUUUGAUUAGAAUUUGCACAACUGAACAUUUUCAUUACUCGUAGCUAAGUUUCAUAAAAUUGUUGUAAACUGUUUAUAAAUAUUUAAGUAAUUGUUCAAAAUUUAGUAUUGUACCCAUUUGGAAAAUAUAAAUGUACUUAAUAUCUACCUAUAAUAGGUGUAGAACGAAAAUGUUAA